CUACACAUGAUCCUUUUAAUACUACUCUCGGUACUUUUGUGCGUAUGGGAGGGUGUGUCGGGUAAGUGCGGCUACGAUGCCUGUCCGGCUACCGAUCCCCAUAAGCUUAACAUACACCUCAUCGCCCACUCCCACAACGAUGUCGGUUGGACCCAAACCCCGGACCAAUUGUACGACAAUCACAUCGUAAAGAUUUUAGGCACGGUAGUGGAGGAGUUACAAAAGGACCCGGCACGUAAAUACACCCAGGUGGAAAUGUAUUUUUUCCACCGAUGGUGGCUGAGUCAGACCGACGAGCUCCGGGAUGUUGUUAGAAAAUUGGUGGCCGAGGGUAGGCUAGUAUUUAUUAAUGGUGGUUGGACGGUGAAUGAUGAGGGAGCCGCUCAUUAUAAUAAUAUUAUUGAUCAAAUGACCAUGGGUCUAAAAUUCUUAAACCAAACAUUCGGCACGUGUGGUAGACCAAAAGUAUCAUGGCAAAUUGACCCAUUUGGCGCCUCCAUCGAAAUGCCCUCGCUAUAUGGCCUAAUGGGGUUCGACGCCAACGUGUACAACCGGGGCGUACCGAAGGGCGAGUACAUAUGGCACACGUCCAAGGACCUGAACACCAAGGUGUUCACCACCGUUUUGCACGACCACUACUACCCGCCCGGAGGGUUCAACUUCGAGAACGCCAACGAAUCCAUAACCGACGCCAAUGUCAAGGAGAGGACCUCACGUGUUGUCACGAUGGACGGCGAUUUUUUCUAUAAUGUUGCAAGUAAAUGGUACGAUAACAUGGAUAAACUGCUCAAGGAGACUAAGGCUAGCCAUCCCGAUGUCAAUAUGAUAUACUCGUCGCCUAAUUGCUAUAUUAAGGCGCUUAAUGGUAUGAAUUUGUCGUAUACGGAACGGGAUGUCGACUAUUUGUCGUAUUGGGUGGGUUACUACUCGAAUAGGCCGGCGCUGAAGUAUCAGGAUAGACAGACUAAUAAUAUUUUGCAGGCUAGCAAGCAGUUAUCAGUAAUAGGGCGUUUAGACCCGGCUAAAACAAAAGUAUACCUGGACGAGGCAGCCAAUGAGGUGGCUAUAUUGACACAUCACGACGCCAUCACCGGCACCUGCCCUCAGACCAUAUCCAACGAGUACACGAGUCGACUCCAGUCGGGAUACGCCGCCAGUAAAGCCGUUAUCCGAAAGGCUUUCGAGUACUUGAAGUCUAAAACUGGGGACAAAAAAGUGGUUUUAAAGGACGUUUUCUGCGAUGCAUUGAAUAUAACGGAUUGCAGUUUAACGGAGACUAACGACCGGAUUGCCGUCACUGUGUAUAAUCCGAUCGCCCGACCCGUCGAACAUUAUAUUAGGGUACCGGUAGUCGACGCGAAGUACGAGGUGUUUGAUGAAAAAGGACAGGCAGUUAAGUCCGUGGCUAUACUCCCGGUGUCAGACGAUGUCCGAAAGUUACCCGAACGUAAUGGUAGUUUAGGGACCCAUGAGUUGGUAUUUAGUGGGCAGUUACCAGCCCUGGGGUUCACGACAUAUUUUGUUGAAAAACAAAAGGCUGUCCAAGAUACACAUACAUCCGAAAAUAAUCAACAAGUUCAGGCCCCGAUCGACAUGAAAGGCAAAUCAUUUACGCUGCACAUCAACGAGACUACCGGUGCCAUCGAGACCAUCACCGUAAACGGAACGACCCAUAAAUUACGUCAAUCGUUCAAAUGGUACAAAUCGAGGGCCAAUCAGCCGGGUCUCGAGGACUCCGGGAGCUAUAACUUCUGUCCGGAUGGUAACGCCAACGACUACGGCACCCAAAAACUGGUCGCACGGCACACGUCAGGGGGCGUUCACGAACUGAGCCAGGUGUUUGCAAACUACAUACACCAAACCGUGCGCACGUACGAGGACAGGGAUUACGUGGAGUUUGAUUGGACAGUAGGGGGCAUACCUACCGACGAUAAGAUCGGCAAAGAGAUAAUCACGCGGUUUGAGUCGGAUUUGAAGUCGGAUGGCGUGUACUAUACGGACGCCAAUGGCAGGCAAACCAUACGUCGCAAGUUUAACCCGCAGGCGAAGAUUUGCGGUAAUAAUGUGAUCGCCGCUAAUUGGUUCCCGAUUUAUAGCCACGUGACGGUUAAGGAUGAGAAACAGGGUCUUGCGCUGACUGUCCUAAAUGACAGGACUCAGGGCGGUUCGUCGCUAAUGGACGGGUCGGUGGAGCUUAUGGUGCACCGAAGACUGGAAUUUCACGGCGCCGGUAGUACACUAGUCAUCAACGAGACCGGCAUCGAUGGCAAAGGGUUGGAGGUGAGGGGCAAACACUACCUAUUUUUGCAUCCCAUAGCCCAAUCACCACGACUUGUGCGCCGCCUAUCGGAGCAGCUAUUUAUGGGACCCAUCGAGACGUUCGCGACGUAUAAGACUCGUGAGGAAUAUUCCGGGGAAUACUCCACCAGCUUUUCGGGUGUCGGCGAUCAGCUCCCGGAGUCGGUCCGGUUGCUAACAUUAGAGAAGUGGUCGGACAGAGAGGUGUUGGUUAGGUUUGAGCACAUGUACGAAAAGGCCGAUAAU